AUGACGGCCUUUCCAGACAACCUCAAACCGGCAAACCCUCAAGGUCCAGACUGUCUGGCACGCGAGAGAGCAAGUUCUUCGCUACCAGUCCAGGAGCUGGCACAGCACCUGUUCGGACGAGAUGGGUUUCUCGAACGCCAACAGCGCAUUUUGGAGGCGUUACAAAAGGAGCCUGUCUUUUCCAAAGAAUCACAGCAGCAUCUAUCGCGACAGGAACGGUUUGAGCUCGGCCUGACACGGGCAAAGUGUCUGCGACGCAUGGCGGACCGGCUGAAGUGGGAUCAAGACGACUAUCUAAUGGCGUUGUACUUGGUGGACGACGUCAAUCCAUUCUACGCCCACACGAAAUUGUUCACCAAUACGAUUCGGGAGCAAGCAAGUGACGAGCAGUUGGCUUACUGGAUGCCCAAGAUUGAAAGCUGGGAAGUGACAGGGGGUUAUGCACAGACCGAGCUCGGCCACGGCAGCAAUGUGAGAGGACUUGAACUGGAGGCGAAGUGGGAUCCUGUGACGAAAGAGUUCAUUCUCAACAGCCCGACUUUGACCUCCAGCAAAUGGUGGAACGGGUCUAUCGGUAUCACAGGAAACCAUGCCAUCGUGGUGGCUCAACUCCUGCUUCCCACAAAGUCCUCGUCCAGCGACAAGACGACGGGCUACACCUCCUACGGUCCGCAUCCUUUUGUAGUGCAGGUUCGAUCUUUGGGGACGCACAAGCCCAUGGACGGAGUCGUCAUUGGGGAUAUAGGGCCCAAGUACGGAUACAUCACCAUGGACAAUGCAUACAUUCUGUUCGAUCACUACAGAAUACCUCACUCGGCCUUCCUGAGUCGUCACGCCAAGGUCGACCCGGACACGGGCGAGUACAGCAAGCCCAAGGUCCGCGCGCUCAUCUACGGCAGCAUGACCUUCUCCCGGUCCGUCAUCGUCAUGCAGGCAAGGAUGGUGCUCGCCCGCGCGGUGACCAUUGCCGUUCGCUACUCGGCGGUCAGACAUCAAUUCUCAGACCGUGACGGAGGAGACCCGAGUGGUCCAGAGGUCCCUGUCCUCGACUAUCAGACCGUCCAGAUCAGAGUCCUGCCCUUGCUCGCCACCAUGUUCGCUCUCCACUACAGCGGCCAAGCCAUGGGCGACCUCUUCUACCGCACACGGACGAGUAUCGGCUCGGGGGACUUUAGCGAGCUGGCCGACCUCCACAACAUGUCGACGGGGCUGAAGAGCCUGUGCACCGGCCUCGCUGCCGACGGGAUCGAAACCUGCCGGCGCGUGCUAGGCGGGCAUGGCUUCGGUGGCGCGAGCGGGAUGAUCCAACUGAACAACGACUACCUGUCGAAACCGACGGUGGAAGGCGACAACUGGAUGAUCACGCAGCAAGUCGCCGCCUACUUGAUCAAGAAGAUGACUGCCGUGGUCGAGAAUCCCGAGGCGGAGUCGGCAGACAAUACCGAGAAGAACUUGCGGAGCUUUGUCAAGGCAGUAACUCCUCCUCGGGGCUCAGGGCAGAGUGUCUGUCCCUUUGACGUGCUAGGAAGCGAUCAGGCACUGGUCGAUGCCUUCCAAUGGAGGGCAGCAGCACUGACAUACCGAGCCUACGAAGCCAGAGUGGUCCGAAAGGAAAAGUGGAACAGCCUUUUGAUCCAGCUACACAAGCUGGGACUAGCACAAUCCCAAGCGAGAGUCGUGGGCCUCUUCUACACCGCCGUCCAGAACACCAAAGACAUGUCACCCGAGUCGAGAGGCGUACUGCGUGACCUGUUUCGGCUUUUCUGCCUGUACACGAUGGACAACGAAGCGCGCGAAUUCCUCAGCACCAGCGCCAUCAGCACCGACCAGAUGGACGCGAUCUCCGAGACGAUCAAGGGCCUCCUGGUGCAAAUCCGUCCGCACGCCGUCAAGCUGGUCGACGCCUGGAUGAUCCCGGACUACCUCCUCGACAGCGCGCUCGGGCGCCACGACGGCAGAGUGUACGAGGACCUGUUCAACCGCGCGCACCGCCUGAACCCGCUGAACAGCAUCACGUAUAAUCCGCGGUACUGGGAGGACGAGCUGGUCAUGGGCGCAAAGGACUACGAUCGGGGGAAGCGGCUGACUUCCAAGAAUACGUCUGCUGCCCAAGUCAACGUCAGCCGACCGGCUCCCUGUCGAACUCAGUCAUACACCCACCCAACUGGCCUGGAGCAUGGCGACGGCGAUCUGAACUAUCAGUCUCAAGACUUGGGCAGCCGCAGCGAUAUAGGAAUUGAAGAUCGGGAUGAGGUUGACGAUGCAAACGAUGAACCAUCGACUUCCAUACAAACAACAUGUGGAGAUGCCGACAACCAAACCAGUCCAGGCGCGUACAAUGCAACGACGUGGCCACAGACAACAAGACGCAGAUCCACCGUCUCAAUGGCCGCGGCUGCAUCGACUCCUCAAGCCAUACUCACGCCCACGGGUGGAGUUGUAGGUCGACCGGUCUAUCUCGAGAACGAGAUCGAGUUCCUCGAAAGAGAGACUGAGUUGAUGGAAUCGUCGGCGCCGACAUCACCUCCCACAAACUCGCGACCCGAGGUUGACCUCGCCUUUCUGCGCCUCUACAGGGCGUUUGAUCUCCCCACCCGGGCUAUCAGAGACAGCCUCGUGAGCAGCUUCACCGUAUAUUGCAGUCCGUGGAUGCCUGUGAUCGAGGCGGAGGAGCUCAAAAGUAUUGGCCGGGGAGCCUGUGAGGUCCAGACCCGGCACAGCAACCAGGGAGAAAAUACCGUGUCCCUCCUGCUCACCCAAGCGCUCUUCGUGGCGGGGAGCCGCGUACAAUCAUCGCGCUUCUCGUUCAACAGCUGUAGCGAGUUCUACAACCGAGCCAAAGCGCUGUAUUUUGCCGAACACGAACUUAACCCACUCACCGUCAUCCGCGCCCUGUGUCUGCUCCAGUGGUACAACCCAAACGGACCCGAGUUUGUCUCCAUCCAUUCCAGUGUCUCCUGGCUACGACUGGCCGUGGGGUUGGCUUUUCAGAUCGGUCUACAUCGAGAGCCGGAUCCCAGAAACCCAGAUUACAAGCUCCGCCGAAGGCUAUUCUGGACGCUGGUAGCACGCGACGCGCUUCUAUCAGCCUCCCAAGGCCGACCUCGCUCCAUCAACCUCAACGACUGUACCGUACGAUGGCCCACGCUCCAUGAUUUCCCGGAAGACAACAAGCACGCUCGGCUCUUCCUGAGCUAUGUCGACAUAUGCUGUAUUCUGGGCCGUUUAGGACAGGCGGCCCUGCCUGGAGGGCACAUUGGGUCGCUCUGCGUUGGCGUCGGCCGAGACCUGUACAGAUGGAGGAGCCAGCUGCCGUCGGAUCUCCAGCUAGACGGUGCCCGCGACUUCGAUUUCGAGACCCGGCAAUUGCACAUCCCUUACUUCACAGCCAUCUCCAUACUAUAUGGUCCAGGUCCUGCGGUCCAAAACUGCUCGGUCGCAGCCAUACUGGCCUCGUCGUGCGUUGCGCGCAUCUUUGAGGAUUUCUUGGCCCGCGACCUGCUCCGCUACCUCAGUCCCAUCCACAUCUUCUACCUCUUCACGGCGGGCCUGCCGCAGAUAUCAGGCCACAAGAUCCCGAUCCUGAGAGAGGCGUCCAAGAGGGAAUUCAAGAUGAUCCGCUACUCCCUGUUGGAGAUGAGCAAGACCUGGCACUCGGCUCACCGUCAUCUAGGGUCGCUCAAUAAGCUGUUGUCGGCGAUGAAUCGCAGCAGCGCUGCAGGGACGUUUGCGUCCAAGCGGAACAUGGCAUUGCUUGGGCGGAACCACAGGGAUUCCAGCCUCACUGACCAGCUGUCGCUCUUUGAGCGGCUUGGUGUGGAGUUGUGUCCAAAGUGCGAUCUUGUUGUCGGAUUGACGUCCUCAAGCUGCGCGCUUCCGGCACAAAAGGCCAUGAACAGUGGGCGCCGCGAUUCCCUGCUUCACACAGCCGGCACGGCUGUUGCUGCUGUGGUUUCCUCUUCUUCGUGGUCGAAUGUGGACGAUGCCGCUGAUGUCGCCGAUGCUGAUAGUAUCGCUUCGACGGAGAGAGGAAUCGAUCGGACCGACCAGGGAUGUGAGAGAAUGUAUUACCCGAGCGACACCUUCCAACUGUCACCUUCGACCGUACCCAUGUGGGGAGAGUGUGAUGAAAUACGUGCCAUCGAUAUGGACGGAGAGAGGCACGGAACCGGUCAAGAGCCCGACUCGACUGGCAUCGACCACUCCGCGUUGACGAUGCUUCCACCACCCACGACUGCCUCUCCUGUCCCUGAAGCGGCGAGCAGUUACGAUCGCGACUCUCCAGGGCACAGAAAACUUCUCGCCAAACAACGUGAGAGUCACUUCUCAUCUGAUUACCUAGGGCGGUACCCGUCGACAAAUUUGCACUCGAACAACGACCUGGGCGAAGAAGCUCUGACAGACAAGGAGGCGCAGAGGAGAUUAAAUAGUACCGUGGAGGUUACGUCUCGUAGUCACAGGUCGUAUGUUCGUACAAGUUCAGCUGCGCAAGUGGACAUUAUUCAAGAGCCCCAUGGCGGAGUUCCGUCGUCCGCAACAAGCCACAGUCACGGUCACAUUCAUCCUCACAAGGGCUCAGCUACUCCAGGGAUUCCCAGAAGUCAUGCCGAGAUUCGCCGUGCGCAACUCCAGCACCAGAACCAGCACCAUCGACAGCACGGCCACGGCCAUUUGCACGAGCACGAGCACGGGCACCACAGCGACUUCUCGAGCGCAACCAUGGAGAAUCACGGCGGAGGCGGGAGCGGUUACACAAGAAUCCCCCUUGCGGCGACACCGACAGAGGAUCCUCUCGAGCGCAACUCCGUGUAUCAAUCCGCCAACGGCAGCAACGGCGGAGGGUUUUUCGGGAUAGAUAUGGGAGGUAACGACGGCUUCGGUGGCGACGAGAUGACACUCGACGCCAUCCUCCUCGAGUCGGACCGCAGCUGGGUCAUGCAGGAUUGGGACAGUGGGUAUUUCUAG